GCCGGGACGCAUUUCGGGAUUUGUGUAACGAGCAGCUGCUUCUGCAUAGGAUAUCCGGAAUUUCAAAGAAAGGAUGACACAUCGUUAUCACCAGUCACCAAAAACUGAAGGUAUGAGGGCCUGCUUAGUGUUCCUUUGCUUACUGGCAGCAACAUUUGCUCUGUCUGUAAAAAGUAAAUCCCAUGGAAAGCAUCAUGGAUUGCGUAAGAGUUUGCACACAGCCAAAGAAAAGGAUGCUAUCACAGAGGAAGCCAAUAAGCCAAAGAUCUUACCCACUUUAGUCACAUUUGAGGCCAGCAGCCAGGAGCAGGAAGAUGAGGAACUGAGUUCUGAAGACAACGCUAACAAGGAAGAUGAAGAAGGAGCUGAAAAGCGAGAGAAAAGCACUGCAGUUCUGUUGAGUGAAGAAGAACUGGCAGACCUCCUGAAGAAAGAGGCUGAAGAAGACGAUGAAGCUGAAGCAAGAGAGCUGGAGGAGGAAGAAGUAGGUGCUGAUAAAGGCAAGGUUGAGUCUAGUGAGGCUGUGGAGAUCACUGAGGAUCAGGAGAAGAAUUUAGACAGUAACUCAGAGGCAAAGAAAGAUUUACCGGAUGAGGAAGAAGUGAAGGAAGAGACUGUGGAAGAUGUAGUAGAAGAGAAGGUGCAGAAGACGACCCAUUUAGAAAAGAAGAAAGAACCCGUUGGCAAAAUGGGUGACAGUGAAGCACUGCCAGAGGAAGAUGGCAGCACAGAAUCAGUGAUUCCAGUUGAUCUUGACUAUGCUGCUGAUAGUAGCCUUCUACAACAUCUACAGACGGCACCAGCUAAUGUCAAAACCCACUCUGAUGACACCAAGUCUGUUUCAAAAACAGACAUCCCAGAUGUUAAAGAGAAAGAAACCAAUGAGAAAGAGCUGGCCAGUAUUGCUGAUGACUAUGAACAAGGCAUGCAAAACACAGAGGCAGCACACAGCGAGGAAGUCCCUCAGACCGAGGACAAAGAUUCUCCAACCCAAGACAUAAGUGCCAGUAAAGAACCUGAACCAAAUGUGGACCAUCAAGCACCGAUGGGCAAUGCAGAGCUUGAAUUGAGGGCCAGGCUGAGUGGAAAGGAGGAAGAGAAGAGUAAGAAUGACAGUGGAAGUCACACCAAGGGAAAAACAAGGAAGCAAAAGAAAAACCAAAGGGCAAGGAAGCACUCUCCACACAGGGAUGAAACACAGCCUGAGCAGGAACAGAGCCAACAGGAUCCUCAGGAGUCUGAGGGCAGCAACAUUGAUAAUACAGUGCAAAAGGCAAAGAGGAGAAGGGCAGGGAAAUGGGGUCCUUUAGUAGGUAUGAAUCCAGUGCAAAUCAGAGCCACAGUUGAUCUGUACCCAAUGGCCAGGCCCUCACUUGGUGGAGGCACACAUCUCCCAGAAACCCCUGCUGAUCCGUGUGAAAACUUCCGCUGCAAACGUGGAAAAAUGUGCAAACUUGAUGCGGACAAUAAGCCAGGCUGUGUGUGUCAAGAGCCGUCAGAAUGCCCUCCCAGUGUGAAUGAGUUUGACCAUGUUUGUGGGACAGACAACAAAACGUAUGACACAUCAUGUGAACUCUUUGCUACUAAAUGCAACCUGGAGGGCACUAAGAAAGGACACAAACUUCAUCUAGACUACACUGGGCCAUGCAAAUUGAUACCUCAGUGUGUGGACACUGAGCUGGUGCAGUUUCCUCUACGAAUGAGGGAUUGGCUUAAAAAUGUGCUGCUCCAGCUCUAUGAGCAUGACUCCAUGACGCCUGGCUUCCUCACUCCUAAACAGCGUUUCAGAGUGAAGAAAAUCUUCGAGAGUGAGCGGCGCCUCCAUGCAGGCGAUCACUCUGUUGAGCUCCUUGCACAGGACUUUGAGAAGAACUACAACAUGUACAUCUACCCAGUACACUGGCAGUUUGCUCAGCUGGAUCAACACCCAUCUGAUAGGUUUUUGUCCCACUCAGAGCUGGCCCCCCUCAGGGUCCCUCUGGUGCCAAUGGAGCACUGCACCUCUCGCUUCUUUGAGGAGUGCGAUGCCGACAAAGACAAACAGGUGUCGUUUAAGGAGUGGAUUUCCUGUUUUGGUAUCAAGAAUGAGGAUAUGGAUGUCAACCUGCUUUUCUGAACUUCACUUUGCUCCUCGUCUAUCACAUAAGAUUGCAAAAGCUGCUCCAACGCUGUAGCUUCAACAUCUGGCUCUUGAAGUUUUGUCUGUUCAAAAAGAUACUGUACACUCUGUAAAGUACAGAUGGAACAAAUCCAUUUUACCUCUGGCUAUAAAGGACAUUUUGUGUAAGACUAAGCAUGGACAUUUAAAUCACUGAUCUGUAAUUUAGACUGAGCUGCUUGAACCGUUUAUUAGAAGAAAUAAGUAGUUACUUUAUUUUUUGCCAGUUGUAUUCAAAAUCUUUACUCCAAUGCAUUCCAAACUGGGGCAAAGUUUACUGCAGCUAAUAAUAGAAGAGACAUUGUACAUUAUCCAGUGCCCAGUAGUACCAGGCAUUUCUGUGUUAGACCGAUUUAGUGCAGGAUUACUUUUUAAAAACACAAAGGUAUAGAAGACAAUUACAGACCCCUGUUUGUAAAUGUAAAAUAGUAACUAUGUUGCCUAACCUAGUAGCAAAUGUAUACAUGUUUGUCUUCUGAUAUUAUGUUUCAAAACAGUGCAAAUUAAAGUCUGUGGACAGCAAAGAACUUCACAAUUUCAUAAUAUUUUCAGUGAACUCUGUUGCUUCUUUAUGUUUGUGCCGAAAUAAAGCUCCCCACAAAAG